CCCCCCGCUGCCGUGCUGCUGCUCGCACCACCACCACCACCACCACUUCCGCUGCCCGGGGAGAAGGGCCCUCUGCAGGGCAAAAAGACUUGGCAUGCUGUUGAGCUCAUCCUGUUGCCACCUUCCCUGCCACACUCCUUGCCACCUUCCUUGCGACGUGAAGUGUUUUGACCCCCAUGACGUCUGUGUGUCAGUGAAAGACGGGAAGGUGACCGUCCAUGCGGAGCACAAGGACGAAUGCGACACCGGAUUGUCAAAGUCAUGCAGCUACAGAAGAUUCACGAAGGAAUUCAGCCUGCCACCCGGGGAGGAGGAGGUCACCUACUCAGAGGAAUCCAACAGCGUCACGAAGAUCGAGCCAGCCAAGUGCUGCUCUCACAUCUGCGAUCUGUGAGCAGCGGCAGCCACGUUCCUCUGCUUCACCCCGGCUUUGCAACGGAAUUAUGUCUGUCC